AUGGCCACUGUCGACUCGUCGAAGCCGACGAGAACGAAGUGGACCGCGUGCUCUUUCCAUCACGUUCCUUAUGGUUCAGGAAUCUCUGUCUCACCCAGACGUGUCGUAAAAAGUACGGGUACUUUUCCACGCGACGCAUCGUCGCCGUCGCCAGUGCGCGGCGCCGAUCGCGUCGACGUCCACCGCCGCGCCCCGAACUCGGGCUCUGGGAUGAAGCGCAUCCGCACACCUAUUUCGAUGACCACCUUGACUGUGCGCGGCUCCGACCGCAUCGUCUUGGCUAAUGGACUUCGCAUGCCCGUGAAUAAUGUUGUUAUAGCCCUUCAACCUAAACCCUAA